AUGUGUCACGAGUCUCCUACGGCUCAAUUCCUAGGAGCAUUGGCUACUAUCUUAGGAGAUGUAUUUGUCAUUUGGCAUAUAUGGAAAUAUGACAAGUUUCGUUGUUUACUCUUUACCAAACGUAAUGCUUUCAGAUUCAUUAUAGUAUGGAUGUUCGUGAUAUCGUCCGUGUGUUUCACAGCAUGGAACGUGAUUCUAGUGUGGGUAAAAUAUACAGAGUAUUAUGCUGUAGUACCAAUCUCGAAGACUGAAAGUGAGAUUAUGCCUGUUCCAUUCCAAUUGUGGAGUAAACAUAAACAGACCCUUGUAAGAUCGUCUUAUCAGCUGCUAGCAAUCGCAUGGGGUAUGGUGUUAGCUAUUCAUUCGGAAGAAACUCUCUAUUGGGCAUAUUUGAUUAAUUCGAUCAGGAAAAGAAAUUCUACCAACUGGUUCAAGAGUAUAUGGUUUAAGAUCUGGGUACUCAUCAGUGUAACUGUGUUGACAGUUAUUCCUGCUGUUGGAAAUAUGGAAACCACAAAUCUCGUGAAAAUGGAAGCCAAUAUCUUUAUGGCGGGAUCCGUAUUAGCGUCGUUGUUGUUUUUUAUGAGUCUUUGGCUGUAUCUUGUCUUCCCUGGAUUCGUGAAGGAAUCACGUCGACAAGGUGCCAACACAGAAGUCAUGGCUAGGCUUGAAUACUUCAAGGAAUUGAACGGUAUUCGCACACUCUUUCGAUUCUUAUACGUCUUCUGUAUUUUGACUCUAUCGAUUGACGGUCAGACGAAACAUAAACAUGUUAAUACCACACCGUUCUGGCUCGAUUUGUUCUUCGUUUGUGCAUUGUUCUUCGUUUUCACGUCUAAUGGGCUGUCCCUCAUGAUUCUACUUCCAAGGAAUAUGCAAGCGGAUGAAAUCUCCAAAAACAAUAAUGUAUUUAUCCGACCACCCCGUCAAAGUCAACAUCGAACUGAUAUGCAAGUCCUUCCAUCUUCAUCUACCAUUGGAUCUUCCCACAAAUACGAUGAUCAAGAUGGUCUCUAUCAACGGGAUGUUGAACGUAGUCAACGUAAUUCAACUCCAUGGGGAGCACUGGGCGAGAGAUUGAACGUUGAAAAGACCAGAUUGAGUGGACUGGACGAAUGUGAAAGUGGUGGAGCAGUAGCUAUCGCCCUAAAAGGUCCUCCUCGACAGUCAACUUGGCAUCGUAAUAGAACAGAAGAGAGUCUCAAUUCUAGAGGUGAUGCUCCAUUCGCUCCUACUGGUGGUGAAAGGAUGUUGAGAGCAGGUGAAGGCCUCGAUGAGUCUCCCCAGGUAUUGAGCAAUUUCAGAUCACCGGCGGAUUUGGCCCGACCACCUCGACCUACUGAAGUGACAGUCGUUGUCAAGACCGAACAAAUCGUUGAAAAGGCAUAG